UCAUUUUAAACAUGUAAUUUAUGUCAAAAUUAUGUCAAUCAUCACUUAUGAUGUGAUGAACAAUAACGCACAUGAAUUUACACAAAACCCAUUAAAGAUUUACUUUAAUUUGAAGGAUUUAUAGUUUAGAGAUUUAGGGUUAGGGUUUACAAUUUGGGGUUUAGGGAUAGAAAUUAAAAUUGAAGGUCUAGGGCUUAGGGUAAUCGGCUAAUUAGUUGUUGUCAUAUGUUAUAUCAUAUUACACUAAUUCUACAAAUUAAAAUUCAAAAUCCGACACUUUAAGUCUAGUUUUUGAGUUGGGUGCAUUGAACGCACUCAUUUUUGUGAGUGCACCGAAGUAGUCACCAUAUAUAUAUAUAUAUAUAUAUAUAUAUAUAUUUCAGUGCAAAGAAAAAAAGCAAAAUCUGAAUUGGAAUGAGAUCUCCAUUUUCUUUGAGUAUGGAUAUUGAUCUAAUCUAGAUAAUAAAUAAAUAAAAACUACCACAUGCACAUGAUAUGGCAGUAGUAUACUAAUCAAGCAAUGUAUUAGCAGCAUCCACAAAAUGAGUUUCAUUUCCAUGGAAUAUCUCCGCCAAAAGAUGAUCCUUUCCUCUUGCUCUUCCUCCUUCAACAUCCCCUGCCUCUUCACACUUGCAACCAUCCUUGUAAUAACCUUAUCGAUCAUCCUAAAGCAGAAGCUAUCCAAAACCGCCGCUAAUUUAAACCUGCCGCCGGGCCCAUGGAAGCUUCCCAUCAUAGGGAACAUCCACCAGAUGUCCGGCGACCAACCCCACCGCCGACUCCGUGAUCUGGCCCGCAAACACGGUCCCGACGUGAUGAGCCUUCAGCUUGGUGAGCUCUCUUACAUCGUAAUCUCAACCCCUGAAGCCGCCAAGCUCGUGAUGAAAACCCACGACAUAGCUUUCGCUUCGAGGCCUUAUCUCCUGGCCGGAGACAUACUCUACUAUGGUUGCAAGGACAUAGGUUUGGCACCCUAUGGUGAGUACUGGAGGCAGAUGCGCAAGAUCUGCACGCUCGAGCUUCUCAGCGCGAAACGGGUUCAAUCUUUCCGUCGAAUCAGGGGAGAAGAGGUGUCCAAUCUCGUGGCCUCUCUUACUGCAGCUUCAGGGGAGCCUGUGGAUCUCACUCUGAUGUUAUCUACUGCAACGAGUUCCAUAACUUCCAGGGCCGCAUUCGGUAAAGCACAAGGACUAACCAGUGCUUUUAUGACCGUUAUCAGUGAUAUUUCAGAUGUCGCUUCAGGUUUCAAAAUCUCCGAUCUCUAUCCUUCCCUCAAGUUGCUGCCUGUCCUCACCGGGUUCAAAGCCAAGCUAGAGAAGAUGCGCAGGGCAUCAGAUUCAGUGCUGGAUCAAGUGAUUGAUGAACAUCAAUCAAGAAGAAGGGCGGGAAGAAAAGGUGAUGGUGAAAAAGAGGAUCUGAUUGAUGUCCUCCUCAAUCUUCAAGAGAAACAGGAUCUCGGAGUACCCAUCACAAUGGAAGUCAUAAAAGCUGUCACUUUGGAAAUAUUUCUAGCUGGCAUUGAGACAUCAACAACAACAAUAGGAUGGGCCAUGUCAGAGAUGAUGAAAGAUUCGAAAGUGCUACAAAAGGCACAACAAGAGGUCAGGGAAGUAUACGGUGAUCAUGAUGGCGGAAAUCAUUUCGACGAAGCAUACCUUGACCAAUUGAAGUACUUGGAUAUGGUUAUUGCCGAGAGUUUAAGAUUACAUCCACCACUCCCUUUCCUUGUUCCAAGAGAAAACAGAGAUCAGAAGGUGGAACUCGAUUCGUAUGAGGUCCCGGUGAACACCAACGUCAUUGUUAACGCCUGGGCGAUCAAUCGCGAUCCUCGUUACUGGACAGAGGCCGAGAGAUUCUAUCCGGAAAGAUUUAUGAAAUGCUCGGCCGAUUAUAAGGGGCCCGACUUUCAGUUCAUUCCAUUUGGUGCCGGAAGAAGGAUAUGUCCCGGAAUUUCUUUUGGAAUGGCGGUCGUGAAACUUACUCUAGCAAAUCUGCUUUUUCAUUUUGAUUGGACACUUCCUACCGGGCAGAAAAACAUUAAUAUGACAGAAUGCUUUGGAAUGACACUCAGAAGACAAUACGCUCUCCAUCUUAUUCCAACUGUGUAUUGUACGCAUGCUUUGAAUUAAGGAAGUUGUAACAAAGAUGCUAAUUGUGUAUUUUGUUAUUUUCUUGUGUUUCAAUAUGUAUAAUUUUUUUCAUCCUAGACUAGUAUCCUACCAUAUUUUCUACCAAAAAAAUAUAUAUUGUAUUUCGUGUGGUUAUUUUGUCAACAAUUUGUUAUGUCCAGUAAAAUUUGGGCCCCUAUACGUAAAAGACCCAAUGACAAUACUAUUAAUGUGCUAUACUUGGAACAUCACAAACCCUGAAUCCUAAGCUUCUCAUUUCACAACUUAUACUAUUUCAUUGAACAAUUUCAGACGGGUGAAGUACUUAGAGGCUGCUUCAGGAAAGUAUGUCGGUUUAGCGGAAACUAUAAAAGGGUUUAAUUGAUCUUUUUCAGAGAUUUAAAUAGUCUUUUUGAGCAGACCUUUUAUUUGAUAGUAAUAUUGAUGAAGCUACUGCGAAGACUGCUAACUUAUAAAUGGAGAACAACUUAAAAAUGGACUUAAAUUUUUAUUAUUACCAUAAUAAGGUACAUACAAAGAUAUGAUGAACAAAUAUUUCCUUGACCUUUGAUCAUUUCAAUAACCCCAAUACAUAAGCAUUGGAAGCUCUCAAACUAAUUUAAUAGAGAUGGAACAACAACAAACCUAUUGGAAAUUUUUAAUUAUACACAUUCUCGAAUUUUAUAAUGCUUUUCCAAAAAAUCGAAACAAAACAAAAUGGUCAAUAAUAAGGAACUGUAUACUAAGUUUUAUAUUGCAUAGAUGGAGAUAUGAUUAGAUCUCCUUCUAUUUUUUUUUUUUUUUUACUCAAGUCAUUGUUAGGCUUUGUCUCAUUCAUCUUGCAUAGGGUUAAAUCACAUGAAUGGUCAAUAAGAAACAGCCACCCCAGGGUUAAUGAGCCAAGCCAGGAGCCGUUUGAUGUUCGACUCGAUAAAAAUUCGUUCGAUUAAGAAAAUGUUUGACUUGUCUAUUAAUGAGCCGAGUUUGAGCUAAGUCUUGUUCAGCUUGUGAGCUAGCUCGACUAAGUGACUUGUUGAGCUCUCAACUCGUGAACUCUCUUGUUUCGAGUUCAUUAGAUGUCUCAACAUUGUGAUUAGUAGGCCAACUCGACUAUCGGCUUAUGAGAAAAUCGAUCUACAUCUUAUGAGUUGGCUUCUUGAUAAUUCACAAGUUUAUUAAACUGUAUGUCUCACAUGUUUAAGAUUUUGAGUAUGUGAGUGAAUAUAUCUCAUAUAUGACAUGAGAUGAGUUGAUCACAUGUAUCAUAUAUGACAUAAAAAAAAUAUAUUAGGGUUUAGUUUAUAAAUUACCAUAGAGUUG